CACGAAGAUGGCGGGGUGGACAUACGUGCUUGCCGCUUGUGCGGUUAUCUACGUUUUUCUGCCGUUCGCAUCGGGAUCACAUUUCCGAGGAGGCAUCAUCAGUUGGACCGCGAAUGAGACCUCCUCCCAUGCGGUAUGGGGCUCCGCUCACGCCUUCGCGCCGCGUGGUAGCUCCGCUAAAAAAUCAAAAAAUCUGAGACAUAUUAAACAUAUUCCUCACGGAUAGUGCCCUUCGUAUGUAUUGCCCUAUAUUGGCAUUGAUUGCCCAUAUUUAGAAGAGCUAAAGUUUUCCCGCUCCCUGAUCUACAGAAAACAUAAGGUGAAUUUUUACUACCGGACCGCAUGGCGUAGGUCUGAUACGUACUGCAACUCGUACAACGUUAGAGCCAACACCGUGUAUUAUAAAAGCGGCCAUACAUUUCAAAAAAGGAACGACUUCUAUGGAACUUCAUAUAUGUACGACAGUCAAUAUUAUCGAUGUCUCGAUUAUAGUGCAAGUGAGGACUGGUCAGAGAUUGGCAACAAUUUCACACACACUUUUCCUGACCAAUAUUGGUGGGCGCGUAACUGGGAAAUAAGCUUUGCAAGUUGUUGCUGGAUUCACCUACACGGAAGCACUUACUCCUCGUCUCCAUGGAUACUGUACGCCAACGUGUCCCUGUCCACCAGGCCGGACACCGGACGCAUCAACCAAUCCCCAUUCUCCUCUAUUCCGCUGAGCAUCAAUGUCACAUCUAGGACACGUGAACUUAUCGAAAUCCCUGUGAGCGAUCCCGAUGGCGACAAUGUGACGUGUAGGUGGGCGACUGAUCCUCCAUCCUUCCCAUUCGGAGAGCUGAAUGAGAGAAAUUGUUCUCUCACUUAUAACGGGAACGGUCCUGCUGGCAACUCGUAUCCAGUCCUACUUGUCUUGGAGGACGGCUUGUGCAACACUAGUCUGCAGUUUGUCAUCGACCUCAUAGAAUACCAGCCUUACGAGUGUAUGUAUCACAAACAGCUGAGCACAUGGGACAGGUCCCGUUAUUACAGCAAAACAUUGGGGAACUGUGACCAAUAUUCCAUCAACUGGAAUAGCUGGUACCGCUUUACUGGCUAUGCUGGGACAGGGAUGGCGAACUCUUGUGUUCCCGGGUACCAUUGUGGGGCGUCCGCAUCGGUCUGGAUGAAUGGUAGCCAUCCAAGCGUCCAAGAAGGCGCUGUUGGUAGAACGGUCCAUAUCAGUUAUUUUGGCUACUGUUACCGGUACAACUAUCAUUUGACAGUUAGAAACUGUAGCGGCUUCUACGUGUACAAGUUUCAGUAUUUCGACAACUACAAUUGCUUCAGGCUCUGUGGCAACGGGAUAAAUUCGCCCUGCUCCAGCUCGCCCUGCCAAAAUGGCGGCAUCUGUCACGAUCAGCCGAAUGGCUUCAACUGCACAUGCGCUUCAGGUUACACAGGAAACAGAUGUGAAUCGCAAUCAAACGAGACUCAUGUAAAAUGUAGCGAUGGCCGCAUGGAGAUAUGGUUGGGAAAGGCUAAACACCCAGGAGUUACGGCCAGCUCCCUCCAGUUACUGGAUGCGAGCUGCAAGGGGCAAGAUGCAGGUCCCUAUAUCUACUUCAGCACAGGGUUUGGCGAAUGUGGAACGGAACACAACCAGACCAUGGAUCACAUAACAUACUGGAAUAAGGUGUAUUCUCCGCUGACGCCUAUUGGUAUUAGCUCUAAUAGCUCCAUCACUCGCUACUCGCCUCCGUCUUUGGCAUUUUAUUGCAAAUACUCUCGUCAUGGUGACGUCAGCUUGAGUUAUACCAUCAGGAAGGCUGUUCCCGUUUGGCACGGUUCCUAUGGCAACUUCACCUUUACCAUGGACCUGUUCUACUCGGGUCGGUACCAAAGAGCUCACGGACUCGCAGACUACCCAGUUCCGGUGAUGAUAGAUGAGCCCCUGCACAUUCAGUACAGCGUCAAAUCCACCACAGGGAACCUGAGCGUGCUCGCCGAUUCGUGCCGCGCAACCCUGACAAAGGAAGCAUAUUCAUGGCCUUAUUACACGCUUAUAGAAAGGGGGUGUGCUAGGGACAACACCAUGUCAUACGUGUACAAGCAGAACUCCACCCAGCGGUUCACUAUCAACUCGUUCCGCUUCGUCCAUCAGCACCCGGACCAGGUGGUGUACCUGCACUGCCGCCUCAUCGUGUGUCACCGUCUGUCAUACGACUCCCGGUGCCAGCAGGGUUGCUAUGGGAGACGGCGUAGGGAGGUGAAUGCUGAGGACGAGGAGGCGGAGGAUUUGUACCUUACACUGAAGGCCAGUAACAGACAAGGAGGGGAAGGGAACCAGAAAGUUUCCAGCACGUCCACAGCCACCAGAGCUGGCCUGAGUACACUCGGAGGCCUGGUUGUUGUCCUUCUUGCCGUUAUUGGCGUUUUUGGCAUGUGCAGGAGGAUUGCGAAGAAGAAGCCCACUAUGCAGCUUGACGUUGUUGCCUCGGCAACCAAUCAAGUCUUUACCCUUGACGAUGAGAGUGUCCAAGGGCAUGCGCAGUCAACUGCUUGAAGUCAACGCCAGAAGUUUUGCUGCAGUUUCUAGCAUAAAAGUAAACCCGCUAAUGGUAGAAUGGUAGAGUUCAGGACUUUGCAAGUAUUCAUACCCUUAUAGCACGCGUGGAUUGAAUUAGGAGGUUUACAAGCACAGUAUUCGUACCCUUAUAGCACGUGUGACUGGCAAUAGAAUCGAGCAUAGGAGUUUGCAAGUACACAUACUUUGAUACAAUACAGGGAUGGUAGUAGAUAAGAAGUUUAGCAGAGUUUUAUAUCUCCAGAGUUUGGCCAAUUUUUUAGAUUUUCUUUAUCCUUCCACAUCCCAGGUUUGCCCGUAUUAUCAGAUCCUCCCCCCCGCCAAACCGCCCCCACCCCCACCCCCUAGAAAGGACUGACGCAUUCCAUACACUUUACAUCUUAUUGGAAGCUGGGUGAUUUAGAGCGCCGAGUAAAGUCAGGUUACACGAAUCAACUUUUCCCGCAACUUUCAAUGCAACGACCACACAUAACAAUAUUGCAGAUUGCAAAAACAUGAUACAGAGAAAACCUAAAUUAACGAGCUACAGUUGCAGCUUACGUCAAGUACCCCACGUUUCAAUCUGAAUAAAGGGAAGGAAAUGGCUUUCUGGCCUUUUUGAGAUUCUGGCUACCUGUGUCUGGAGUUACAGGUACGCGGGUGACUGGGGCGGAGUGGUUAUCAGUUUGCGCAGGUAGCCUCAUCACGGAUUUUUUUUUCUUUCUUCGCAUUUUUUGGAUUGAGGUGUGGAGAAGACUAGCUACUAGUAUAUUCCGCUUACAGUAGGAGAAGCAUUUUAAUAAUCUCGCAGUUAUACGCACGCUGAAUAAAGAAUAUUUACUCCAG